AAAUGCCAAAUGCCAGUUCCAAGUGAUUAUUCUUUAUCAUGUCGUACUGGUAUUAAUGGUGUGUGAUAUGAUGAAGACGAGAUGAGAUAUUAUCCUUCAUAAGAGACUGAGUACUUUCUUUUAUUUUAUUUCUAUUUCUUCGGAGAACAAAGAGAACUCAAAAGAGAGAAAAGAAAAAAUGGAGUCGAGAAUUCUGUCAUCUGGAACUAACCCAUUUUCCAGUACUGGUUUGAUCAAAUUGAGGAAACCCAUUAGACAAACCAUCACUAGUUCCAUCAUAUCAACCAAGUCACCAUUAUCAUCAUCAUCUAUUGGAGAUGUCAGUGGUGGUGGAAAUCUUAUUUGGGGAAGACAACUUCGAUCAACUUAUUUACUUCUCGACAAACCUCAGCCAUUUUCAUCAGCACCAUCAUCCAAAAGAGAACUUGCUAAACCAGUUUGUGCUACCAGCGAUUCAGCCGGGGGAGCUAAAGUUGGGUUUCUUGAAAAAUAUCCAUUUCUAGUUACUGGUUUCUUGUUCUUCAUGUGGUAUUUCUUGAAUGUGAUAUUCAACAUUCUCAACAAGAAGAUUUACAACUAUUUCCCUUACCCUUAUUUCGUAUCAGUUGUUCAUUUGGGAGUGGGUGCCAUUUACUGUCUAAUCAGCUGGGCUGUUGGUCUUCCUAAACGCGCUCCUAUGGACGGGAACCAACUCAAGUUACUAAUUCCUGUCGCGGCUUGCCAUGCUCUUGGUCACGUGACCAGUAACGUCUCGUUUGCUGCAGUUGCAGUCUCGUUUACCCACACAAUCAAAGCUCUCGAACCCUUCUUCAAUGCAUCCGCUUCUCAGUUCAUACUUGGACAACCAAUACCCAUUACCCUAUGGCUAUCCCUAGCUCCCGUUGUCCUUGGUGUGUCCAUGGCAUCACUAACUGAACUAUCAUUCAACUGGUUGGGAUUCAUUAGUGCCAUGAUCUCAAACAUCUCCUUUACCUACAGGAGUAUCUACUCAAAGAAAGCUAUGACCGACAUGGACAGUACUAAUCUCUAUGCCUACAUUACAAUCAUUGCACUCUUUUUCUGUAUUCCACCAGCUAUUCUCAUUGAGGGGCCAGUCCUGUUGAAAUCUGGUUUCACUGAUGCAAUUGCUAAAGUUGGUAUGGUUAAGUUUGUUUCGGAUCUUUUCUGGGUCGGUAUGUUUUACCAUCUUUACAAUCAGCUUGCAACCAACACCCUUGAGAGAGUGGCACCUCUUACACACGCAGUUGGCAACGUCUUGAAGCGUGUAUUCGUAAUUGGUUUCUCAAUUGUAAUCUUCGGCAACAAGAUUUCGACCCAGACAGGUAUCGGAACAGGUAUUGCAAUUGCUGGUGUGGCUCUCUACUCAUACAUCAAAGCCAAGAUUGAAGAAGAGAAGCGGCAAGCAAAGGCUGCUUAAGAGGAAGCAGACCAAUGAGCAGAAGGAAAAACCAGUUCAGGUGUAAAUGGCAGUUUCAGCUGAUUACCUAUUCAGGCACCUAUUGUAAUUGUGAAGUUCUCACUUGAUUUUUUUCCCUUUCUUUUUUCCAUCUACGUCUGUGUUUUUCUGUUUUCUAAUUCCAAUAAUAUAGCUGAUUCAACCAUCAAUUGUGACCAAAAAUAGAAACUCUCUAUUUCCAUUAAAACUUGAUGUUGGAAGCUAGAAAACUGUGUUUGUCUGAUGGUAUUAAAAUUGUGGAUAGUGUAUUUCUAGGAAAACAAGAAUUUCCUUCGCGGAUUA